AUGGCAAAAGUGCUGUGCGAACAAAUCUGUACAAGACAGGAAUGCAGCAACCACGGCACCUGUGUCGGAUUGAAAGCGCUUCCCAUCUGUAUGUGUGAUGUGGGAUACAUUGGAAUGAAAUGUGAACAUGGUCUCGAUUCUCAAGCUCUAUGUGAUUCCAUGGUUGGUUGCAGUGGGAAUGGACUAUGUAUAGGCACUAAGGACGACUUCAGCUGUUCCUGCUUUCUAGGAUAUGAAGGAGAACUAUGUCAGCACAAAAUUGAAGGUUCCAAUGCUCUCUUACCCACUCUUCCGGAUGCUUGCAACGCAGCCGAUUGCAACAAUCAAGGUGUCUGUAUCGGCACCAAACAGCUACCGUUUUGUAUAUGUAAUCUCGGGCGAAUCGGAAAGUACUGCGAGAAAACAGUCGCCAGUCUUACAAACACUGAUCCUAGUGCCCCGAUAACAACGUGUUCUCCAAGCGACUGUAACAACAAGGGAAUAUGUCUCGGAACUAAAAACUCAUUUGUAUGCGCUUGUCAAUUGGGAUACACUGGAAGUCGUUGUGAACAGACUCCAUUUACACUCUGUGACCCACGUGAUUGUAAUUCAAAUGGUCUUUGCCUUGGUACAAAGGAGAAAUUCACUUGUGCAUGCCAUCUCGGAUAUUCCGGAGAACGAUGUGAAACUAUAUCCGGCACCAUGUGUGAAUCAUCGGACUGUAACUCGGCUGGCUUAUGUAUUGGUACAAAGAAUCAGUUCAGCUGCAUAUGUAAUCUUGGAUAUACAGGAGACAGGUGUCAGGAAAGAGUAGGUAUCCUGCCCGGAUUCGAAGGAGCCAUAUGUGAGACGAAAGAUUGUAGCGGCAAUGGAAUUUGUAUUGGUUCAAAAUUGGCGCCACUUUGUAUUUGUGCACCUGGAUUUCUCGGACUCCGUUGUGAACUUGAACCGCUUUGUAAUCCGUUAAUUCAUUGCACCGGUAAUGGAAUAUGCGUUGGUACAGUGAAAUCAUUCACCUGUUUCUGCAAUCUUGGAUGGACUGGUGUCACUUGCGCUCAACCAACACUGCUCGGAUAG